UUCCAUAUAGGCUACGCCUACAACAAGUUGCUUUUCCAAAAAUGGACACCUGUUAGCUUAUAGGCCUACAACUGGCAGUUUUAAACAUGUGAUUUGUCAUAUCCUAAUACCAGACAAGCAUAUGGCACAUAGCCUACCAAAGGACAUGCCGCAGGCCUAUUCCUUCAUGGAAACACUGCAAGAAAGAGGUGGAUUCAUGAGCCAACAAGAAGGAGCAGGGCGUGUAUGAGUUUUUUGCCAGGCGGAGAGAACGUUCCAUAAAUAGCAUGGGCUGAGUCCUUACGUCGCCUCUGUGCAGGCAUUUUUUUUAAUGGAAUUUGGUAAAAUGGCUAGAGAGACUCCUGUUACGACCCAAGUUGCCCGUCACCAACCUACACAUGUUCCACUCGAUUUUCAAAUCACGGACGUCGAAAGUUGCGUUUUAUACGACCGACAUGGAGUUCCCGUUCCAUUCCAGAGUUUGUAUGAAGAGCAAAAGUGUAUCAUUAUUUUUGUGAGGCAUUUUCUGUGCUACACCUGCAAGGAAUAUGUUGAGGAUCUCAGCAAGAUAUCCCAGGACGCUCUUCGGGGUGCUGGAGUAAGGAUGGUUAUUAUAGGACAGUCAGCUCCACGGCACAUAGAGCCCUUUUGUUCUCUGACCGGAAGUCCACAUGAAGUGUUCGUUGAUCCAGAAAGGCAUAUUUACAGCCGCCUUGGCUUGAGGAGAGGGGAGAUAUUUAUGGAGUCAGCAUCUGCUAGUCCCCAUGUUAAGUCAAGCAUGUUAAUGGGGAGCUUGAAAAGUAUGUGGCGUGCCAUGAACAGCCCUGCAUUUGAUUUCCAAGGAGACCCACUCCAGCAAGGAGGCACCCUUAUAGUUGGACCAGGUCCAGAGGUUCAUUUCACACAUUUUGAUAACAAUCGCUUGGACCAUAUGCCCAUCCACUGGUUGCUGCAGUUGGCAGGAUUGCCGCCGCUGGAUCUCAGAGACCAUUACAAGGUCAUUGACAUUUAAUAACCUGAUUUGACCCGGGUGUGCACUGUUAAAUUUCUAACUAGCUAUUGUAUGACCAGGCAGGCACCUGUCGAUUGCAGGUAAGGCUCAUCCAGACAUGGUUAAUCUGACUGUGGGAGGUGAAGAGAUAACAUUAUGUUAUGUUAUGUUAUGUUAUUGUCCAUACUGACUGCACUACCUUUUCAAGAAAUGUUUUCAAGAAGGGCACUGAGGCGCCAUUGACUUCAGCAUCUGUAGCACGUUCAGAUCCAAGUGCACACGGCCCCUAUCCAUCUCAUCUCUCUUUCCCACUUACUCUCUGUGCCCCUCUUCAUCGCCCUGCGUCAGUGAAGGCAUAACAUAGCAUUAAAAAUGAACCAUUUUCUACUAAUGCUUUAUACUUUUAUACUACUUAAUGGACCCUCCUGUCCAUGCUGUCUUCCCACAACUGGCACCUCUUGGUAGGAUUCACUAGAGGUAAACCUCAGCUUUCCAAAGGUGGAAGAAUUUAUUUUAAAUCUCUUUUGACCAAACUGGUCAAGGAAAUUGUGCCAUGAGUCACCAUGUAACGCAUUUGCCACCUCCACCCAUGAGACAGAGAGCUUGCCAGAGCUGCACACUCCCAAACUUUCCUUCUGUAAUGAGUUUGCCACGACUGUGAGUGCUCGUCCAAUCUACAGACUGUUCUCCGCCACCAUAGGUGUAAGACAUGAUGUCAUGUUUUGUCAGAAUAAUUAGACUGGCUCAUGGGAUAUACAGUACAUGCAUAGGUCAAUAACAUUGAUUUUGACAUGUAAUUAAUGACUGUUAUUGUAUGUUAUUACUGUAUACAGGUUAUUGUAAAGCAUUGUGGUAUGAAAUUGUAAACUGAUGUUGAAAUGUCUGAUAUGCUGAAAUCAUUCAAAGACAAAAGGAGUCUUAGUAGGACAGAAGACACACUCCAAGACUUCAUAAGAAGAGAAGAAGAGCUGUCUCAUUGAAUGCUGUAUACUGUGGUGCUGUUUAUAUCUAAAUAGUUGUUUACCAUUGUUAUUAUCUUGUACCUGCUUUGUGGCCUUUUUGCAUCUUAGUUGUGGCACUGUACCACAUAGAACAAAUAAACCACCUCUG